CGCGGUCAUGUCGACGCCCGCGCGGAAGCGCCUCAUGCGGGACUUCAAGCGGCUGCAGAAAGACCCGCCCGCGGGGAUUUCCGGCACGCCCACGGAGAGCAACAUCAUGGCGUGGCAGGCGGUGAUUUUCGGCCCCGAGGACACGCCGUGGGAGGGCGGCACGUUCAAGCUCUCGCUCGCCUUCUCCGAGGACUACCCGAACAAAGCCCCGGUGGUGAAGUUCGAGAGCAAGAUGUUCCACCCGAACAUAUACAACGACGGCGCGAUAUGCCUGGACAUCCUGCAGAACCAGUGGAGCCCGAUCUACGACGUCGCGGCGAUUCUCACGAGCGUGCAGUCGUUGCUGUGCGACCCCAACCCGAACUCGCCCGCUAACUCGGAGGCGGCGAGGCUGUACAGCGAGUGCAAGCGGGAGUACAACAAGAAGGUGCAGGAGGUCGUGGAGCGGUCGUGGACGGAGGCGUGACGAAGAAAGUUGUGGGGGGUGGAGUAAGAGGGUGGGCUAGUAGCGAUUUAUAGCCGAGAACAGAACGACGAAGGGGCGGGCGAGGAGAAGGAAGGGAAGAUGAAGACAGACGUGGACGCUCGCGAGAGGCGGACUGAUGCGUGAGAGACGUUUUAACGUGAACGGACUCGCACGAUUCGAUUCGAUU